AUCUGCAACUUCGCACAUUACAAUAUUACACACAAACUGAAGUACAUUCUUCGUUUUUAUAAUUAAUAAUUGUUUAGCAAUACGCUCUAAUUAAUAAAAAGUUACAAAGAUUUUAAAAUAUAAUUGUUUUUUCUACGAGAUAAAUGUUUUAAACAGUAAUAACUUAUAAUUGUUAAUAAAAGUAAAUAUGUACAUAAAAUAACCGUAAUAACUAAAGUUCGUGACAGUUGGUAGUACAUUUAAAAAUUAUUAGUAGUGAUAAUGUGCUUAUAGUUGAUUCUCUAAAAGAUAUAUAUUUAAAACAAUAACAAAUAUGGAAAAUAAUGAAAAACUUUCUACAGUAAUAAAUGAUAUUUUUUAUAAUGUUCAAUUUAAUAAAACUUGUCAUAAACGUUAUAUAAAGAAAUUAACGAAUAUCAGUAAAGAAUACGAUGUAGAGUUAUUUCUAGAGGAAUUUAUUAAUUGCUUGAAGAUACCUCUUUCUACGAGUAAAAAUCAUCCUUCGAUUGAGAAUACUCUUCAAUUUGCUGCUAAAUUUGCUGUUAGCUCUUAUCCAUUUUCUGAUAAGGAUUCAUGCGAAGCUAUGCCUUUAUUUCUUGAAAAUUUAUUUAACUUUUUAUUGAAGCAUCACAAUGCCAAGAAUCCUUCCGUUAGAUUUCACAUAUGCUAUUUUUUCAAUAUGUUAUUAAAUUCAAUGGGCGAAAACGCUUUUCUAGAUGAUGCGCUUUGCGACAAAAUAAUUGUCAAUAUGAUGGACCGGUUGUUGGAUAAAGCGCAUAAAGUUAGAACACAAGCUAUCUAUGCUUUGCAUAGGCUUCAGGAUCCGUCAGAUGAAAAUUGUCCUAUUAUAAAAAUGUACAUUUUUCAUUUAUCCAAGGAUCCUAAAGUACAAGUUCGUAAAGCGAUAUUAAAGAGUAUGGCCAAAAAUCAGAAAACGUUACACACUGUUUUAAAUAGAAUUAGAGAUGUCAAUUAUACAGUAAGAAAGAUGGCUUAUAAUUUUAUCAGUAAAGUAACUAUCAGAUCUUUGACGAUCAAACAAAGAAAUCAAUUGUUGAACGAAGGACUUAAAGAUAGAUCCGAUAUUGUUAGGGGAUACGUUGAAACUGAAUUAUUACCAACAUGGUUGCGUUAUUUCAAUGGACAAUAUAAAGAUCUGAUUAAAGCAUUAGAUGCAGAAAUUGGAAUUGAUGUAUCUAUUUUAGCACUUAAUGUACUCUUUAAAAAUGCAGCACCGGAUCAAUUAAUCUGUCAACUACCAAUCGAUGAAACUACUAAACUUAUACCAGUCGAUAAAUUGUCAAGCGAGAAUUCCUUAUACUGGAGAUGCGUUGCUAAACAUUUUUAUACUACAUCUUCCUUCGAUGCAUUAGAAAGAAUUUUGCCUGAAUUAUCAAAUUUUUCCGAAUAUAUUAAUCAAUUUAUAACUAUGUUAUCUUCUAAAUCGUUUGAAAUGUGGGAGAAACAAACACACAAGUUUAUUCUUCUUCAACUUUUUGAGAUUAUUAAAUUUUAUGAUUUGUCGGAUGAAGCAGGAAGAAAUAAUUUAAGCGAAUUAAUAUUAAAUUUCCUACUGACAGACCAUUGCUCUGAAAAAAUAAUUGAAUGCAUUGUUAAAUAUUUCGAGAAUGUGAUACCUGAUGUGAAUAAAAGACUUGAUCUUUUAGCAAAUAUAAUUAGUAAACUCAGAACGCCAACGAAAGAAACUAUGGAAAUUGUAAAAGAAGUACCUGCGGAAGAAACACAUCAAAAUAAUAUGCAAAAAGCCAGAUUACGAGUACAAAUUUUAGAACUUCAAGAAGAAGAAUAUGAAGCUAUAAAAAAUAAAGAAUAUUUGAAAGCUGAGAAACUAAAGGAACAACAAAAUAAAAUCAAUCAAGAUUUAAUAAAAUUUCAUGAGAACCAAGAACCUUGUAUUUUGAGUAAUGACGAUGAUAUCGAAGAAGAAAAAAAUGAUUCAGAAACAAUGAUCAAAUGUCUCACUAUCAUGUGCUCCAUGAUGAGAGUUAAAUCGAUUAAAACUUUAGUGCCUACUCUUAGAUGCCUUCUGAAUAUAGCCCUUUCAAGUUUGGAUCAUCCAGACGAUAAGGUUCAUUUAUUAGCAUUGGAAGCUUUGGGAAUUUUUUGCAUAUUAGAUAAGGAAAUAGCUAAAAAACAUAUCUUUACAUUUUUGUUACAAUUUUCAUUGGAACAAGAAAAACAGGACAUAUGGAUUAUUACUUUAAAAGCUCUUUUUGAUCUUCUCACACAGUACGGAAUUGAAAUUUUUGAUGUUAAAAAAAAUGACAACGAUAAUAGCGCUAAUCAAUCAAAAUCAAAAAAAUAUAAUAAAAAUAAGUUAUUUAAUCAAAUAGAAGAAGAUGAUCUUACUGUUUGUACCAAUCAAUCUAUUAGUCAAAUACAAAAUCCUGAUAUAAUGAAAAUUCUAAUUGGAUUAAUGGAUAACGCGAAUCAAGAUUUAAGAAAUAUCGCAACGGAAGGACUUUGUAAAUUAAUUAUAAAUUUGCGUGUAAGCAAUUGCUCUUUUUUGUUGGCGCGUAUAAUAGUAAUGUAUUUUAAUCCAAUUAACAUCGACGACACUUAUCUCUGUCAAUGUAUAAGCUGCUUUUUCCAACAAUUUUUAACGAAGGUACCUUCAAAUCAAGAAAUACUGGAAGAAGCAUUCUUCCCGACUUUAAAAAUCAUUUCCAAUGCGCCCGAUAUUAGUCCUCUUCAAGAAAUAAAUCUUUACGAAGUAGCUGUUUUUAUUUUGAAAUUAACUAGUAAUAGAGGCAAAGGAUCCAACAUGAAUGCAUAUUGCGUACAUAAUAAUUUGGUAUUUGCUAUACUUGCUGAAAUUCUUAAUUCGGAUAGUAAAAUUAACAAGGAUGUGCUCAUUAAGUGCUUAAAGGACUUAGAUAUACAAGUAGAUGACAGUUUAUCGCAGAAGAAUUUAAAAAAUGGUAUUGAGAAAGUUUUAUUGUUGGUAAAUAAAUUCGACAAACGAUUAAUAAGUUACGUAGAAAGGCUUAAGAACAAAUUAGAAUCGCCGAAUUCUGUUGUAGAAAUCGAAAUGGAGGAAACAGAAAAUGACGAUACAGAUACAGAAGAGUGUGAAUAAAAUUAUUUAUCACUUUGCAUUAAUGAAGUAUCAUUAUUUGUAGAAAUAUUUAAUAGGUUUUUAUAUUUUCAUAUAAUAGAUAAGAAUAUAUAUUAUGUCUACCGGAAAGUUCUGUCGGUUUUUAAAUUGAAAGCAAAUAACACAAUUUUCAUACAUUUAAUAAUAUUUAUUGUAGAAUAUACUUUCCAUCGUUACUUAUGACUUUUUGUCAUUCCAGCAAACUUCUUCAUAUAUGUCUCAAAUCAACAUUGUGCAUAUGGAUUGAAACUUGAAGUGACACUAUCUGACAGAAUUUUUCGGUAGAUUUAAUAUAAAUAUUUUUAUUUUUAAAAUCGUUUUUAAUACUAAUAUUAGGAGAAAAAGAAAGAGAGAGUUUUAUAAAUUAUUGUCGAAUUUGAAUUCUUAUAAUAAUUAAAGAAAUGUCCAAUAA